UCUGUCUAUUUGCCUCUACCUGAAAUAUAAGUGUUUUUCAGGAAUGUUUUAUUGAUAAUGAUAUGACAAGUAUGCAUCAUGUUGCUAAAGCAUUAAUGACUAUUCAAGCUGUAUAUGGUAUCAUUCCUAAUGUAUAUGGAAAAGGAAAGUGUGCUAAGCAUGUUUUUGAUCUAAUGACUCGAAUAAGAAAAGAGCUAUCAGGCAAUGAUCCUCAAGUUACUCCACAAAUAGAUUGUUUGCUGCUUUUGGAUCGUUCUGUCGAUUUGUUUUCUGUUCUUGCUACGCAAUUAACAUAUGAAGGUCUGUUAGAUGAAUUUUUUGGAAUUAAUAAUAAUACUAUAGAAUUACCACCUGAAAAAUUUUGCAAGCCAAGCGAAGGAGGUUUACAAGAAAUACCAACUGAACCAAAGCGCUUUCUUUUAAACUCAGCUGAAGAAUUAUUUGCUGAACUUAGAGACAAAAAUUUCAAUGCUGUUGGUCCAACACUUAGCAAAAAAGCAAAAGUGCUAUCUGCACAGUAUGAUGAAAGACAUGGAGCUAAAACUGUCGAUGCAAUAAAACAAUUUGUUGACAAAUUGCCCCAUUUGCAGGCUGCUAAGAAGUCUUUAGCUAAUCAUACUUCAAUGGCUGAACUUGUUAAAGAAGUGACAGAUUCAGAAAAUUUUGUUAACUUAUUACAAACUGAACAAGAAUUUAUGAAUGGCUUAGAAACUGACAAAAUAAAUUCCCAUAUUGAAGACUGUAUUGCUAAACAAGAGCCUUUGAUAAAGGUAUUGCGUCUUAUCUGUUUGCAAUCAUUGACUAAUAAUGGCCUUAAGGCUAAACAGCUGGAUUAUUAUAAACGAGAAAUAAUUCAGACUUAUGGCUAUCAACACUCUCUUACUCUAAACAAUUUAGAAAAGGCUGAAUUGUUAAAACCUCAAGGUGUUAAAACAUAUUCUGUUAUCAGAAAAACACUGAGGCUGAUAAUUGAUGAUGUGAAUGAACAGUUUCCAUCAGAUAUAUCCUAUGUGCAUAGUGGAUAUGCCCCACUAAGUAUUCGUCUUGUCCAGUUUUUGAGUCAGCCAGGUUGGAGAGCUAUACCAGAUGUAUUAAAUAUUUUGCCUGGACCAACUGUUGAAGGAAUACAGAAGAUUCCUCUAGGGCUACGAAAGAGACGUGAUUCUGGUUCAUCAAUUCAAUCAAGCACAGAUUCUCAGAAAGUGACUUUAGUGUUUUUUCUCGGAGGCUGCACAUUAGCUGAAAUUUCUGCCCUGCGUUUCUUGUCUCAGCAAGAUGAUG